AUGGUUCCCAGGCUUUGCUCCGUCUGCGCCAUCGUCCCGCACUGGCUUUCUUCCCUUCCUUGGGACGAUUUUUUGUAUUACGAUGAAACGACUAUCACGUUGAGGUCUUGGAGGGGGAUGUUGGAGCAGGCGGAGGCGGCGGAGGCGGCGGAGGCGACGGAGGCGGCGGAGGCUAGUAGAGCGGCGGCAGCUGGAACGACGGGGACAGCGACAGGAACAGCAGAGAAGAAAAGAAGGAAAAGUGGAAGUGAAAGGAGAACCGGUGUUGAAGAAUAUGCAGUGGGAAGGAGCGGGGAAGAACUGCAAGGAAAAACAGAAGGAGAAGGAAAAUCAGAGGAAGGAGGAGGAUGUGACCUCUGCCUGAUGAUAACCAAAGCCGCGAACCGCCGCCGCAACUACGACAGGCCCUACUACAUGCCACCGCCGCCGGCGAUGGAUCCGCGACAUGACGAGCGGUAUCUGGAUGUGCCGCUGGUUUUUGGGAGGGAAGGGGAAAAAGUGAUUGGGAUGGACGUAAAGGGAAGGGAUGACUACUGGGAGUAUAAGAUUGUUUGUUUGAGCAAUCGGGAGCUUUUCGCGGUGAAGGUGGUGAGUGUGCCGGGGAGUUGGUGCCCAAAGUUUCAGCCGCCUAUGCGAUAUGGCGAUCAGAAUCCAGAGAAUAACAUCUUGUUGAUGAAAGAUUGGUUGGACAACUGUCGCCGGAACCAUACAAAAUGCUGCGAGAUCAAGAAGACCAUGGGGACGACAGGCACUAAUUUCUUGCCAAGUAGACUGCUCGAUGUUCAAGCUUUCCAAAUGGAUAGCAAAUCAUCCUACCUCGGCGAAGAUGUCAGGCUCGUGUCUUCGAGUCCACCGAUGGGCCAAGAAUUGGAUAUGGACAAGUUCCCACCGCCCUACUUCACACUCAGUCACUGUUGGGGACCGCCGGAAAAGCGUCCAGCGACGACAAUCAAGGCCAACCUAGCCCAGCGGAUGCAAAGGAUUCCCUUCCUCGAGCUGCCCAGGACCUUUCAAGAUGCGAUCGAAAUAACCCGCAAAUUAGGCUACCGAUACCUCUGGAUUGACUCGCUCUGCAUCGUUCAAGAUGACGAGCAAGACUGGGCACACGAAGCUGGUUUGAUGGCCAAGGUAUACUCCCACUCCUCCUGCACACUAUCUGCGCUGAGCUCCAAGGACAGUAGCGAGGGUUUGCACUUGGAGCCGCUAAGCGAGGGCCGUUCCUAUAUGGAUCUUAUGACACCCUCACAUGCCUAUCCCGCUGGUGAUGGUGAUAGCGAUAGUGGUAGCGUAAAAAGCUACAUGGACGACCCCUUUCCUUUCCGGUUCCGACUCUUCUACUCCUUGGAUAACUGGCAAAUGCUCUACAACGGCAAAGCCCUAGACGGGCUCUGCGACGACAUCUCUCCCCUGCGUUCGCGCGCCUGGACGCUCCAGGAACGCGAGCUCUCGCGGAGGAUUAUCCAUUAUGCCAAAAACCAAGUGCUGUGGGAGUGCGCGGAGCUAAAGGCAAUGGCGCAGCGGCCGUGGCAUAACUGUGCUUAUCGUGGGUUGGAUCCGGAACAGGAGUGGGAGGAGUGGGAGGAGAUAACGAAGAGCCAACAAAGCACAAACCUUCUUCAAGAUUGUGAUGGCAAUCUCCAAGUUACUCCCGCUGCCGUUACUGCUUCUUCCUUGCUGUCGGCCUACCAAAGUGAGCGCGAGUGGUGGAAAAUGGUGUUGGAUUACAGCCAGCGGGUAUUGUCCCAAGACACGGACAAACUGACUGCCUUGUCCGGGAUGGCGCAGUUCUAUCAGCGGAACCACUUCCCUCAGGCGCGAUACGUGGCUGGAAUGUGGAGCUCACGGCUGGAGGACGAGUUGUUCUGGUACGUCCAAGACAAAGUCGACGCGAGAAGACCGACAGCAGGUUAUGUCGCGCCCAGCUGGUCGUGGGCAUCAGUCAAUGGGCGUGUGAAUUUUGGCCCGAUGGAUCCUGUUAGGCGGUUUAAGUCCAUGAGGAAGAAGAUGCCAGCUGUGGCAGCCGAGACGGUUCCAACCAAUGCCGAGGUUGAAGACCGAGAUGUCAAGGCCAAAGAAAAGGACAAAGACAAAGACAGAGAGAGAGAAGGAGAGAGAGAUACGCAAAAAGUCAUAUGCGAAGAAUGGAAAAUCGAGGAGAUCAACCUAUCCCCCAAGUACGACGACCCGUAUGGUGCGUUGAAAGGCGCGAAUCUGAUCAUAGGCGGUGCCCGUCUCGUCAAGGUCGACCUAUUUACCGAAACCAUGAUUGAGCCUGCCCCUGAGUACAUUGGGGGGGUUCAUCGUUAUUACGGCGGCUUGAAGAUAGACGGCCGUUGGGUGGCUGAUCACAGACUUGACAUUCCGGGGGAGGCAGAUCAAGACGGUUGCAGACUGGUGUGUCUGGGUAUGUUGGCAGAAAGAGUCUUCGGAGAGAGGCCAACAAUAGGGGGCCUUCUUCUCAGGGAGGAGAAGCUUGAUGUCGAUGGCGGUUUUUAUGUCUAUAGCCGGGUGGGAAGGUUCCAGGGCAUGGCGGUGGCAUUGUUCGAUGGUGUUGAGUCACGGCGGAUCAAACUGAUAUGA